CCAAAUACGAUGCCCUAAUUUGAACCGGUCAAAUUCCGGAUCGCCCGCCCAAAUCUCAGCACGCUUCACCCAGAGCAAGAUACAUCGAGCGAUCGAUCGGGGAUCAAAGUGUAGCGCCCGCCGCUCCAGCUUCCAUCAAGUCCGACAGCUCUAAGACGACGCGGCGACGGCCGUGAGUUAGCAGCAUAGUUGUCCUAGAAAUGGAAGAAGUGUGUAGAGAGAUGAAUGAUUUGAGGUCUGAAAUGAAGACUCUUAAAGAAGAUUACCAGGAAAAGCUUGAACUGUAUGGGAGUUUGAGGCAAGCUCAUGAAGUGCAAUCUGCUCGACUUCAAGAAGCAAUGCUGCGGAUUGAGAAGCAAUCUAAGGAGAUCGAUGAAAAGAUUGAGGAACUAUCCUUGUCAAAAGAAUUGUACAAAGAUCUUCAAUCUAGAUUCAUGGAGAAAGAGGCUGCAUUUAAGCAUUCAAAUCUUGUAAACGAGAAUCUGAAGACCAGUAUUAAGAUGAAGUUGAUGGAUUUGGAAGCAAGGAAUAGUGAGCUUGCUCUGGCUUUGGAUGAAGCAAACACAAAAAUGGAAGAACAAGAUAGGACGAUAUGCUCCUAUAAAACAGAGAUUGAUGGGCUCAAGGGUCUUGCAAUUUCAUCCCAAAAGAAGUGUGAUGAUGCAAAGCUCAGGACUCAAGCUCCUAAAGAAGUAAGGAGAGUCGAAGAAAUGCUGGCUAAAUUAGAGGAGGAGAAAUUUGAUGUUGAAAACAAGCUUAAGUGGAAGACUGAACAAUUUAGCCAUCUUGAAGAAGCGCAUGAGAAGCUUCAAACAGAGUUUAGGGUUUCAAAGAAAGGGUGGGAGUCAGAGAGAUCAACUUUAGUAAAUGGUAUCCAAAUUUUGCAAACAAACCUGGAUUCUCAAGCAGUAGUUAUUGAUGAAUUGCAUUCGAAAUUGAAGAUGUGCAACCAAGCAUUGGCCCACGAGGAGAGCAGAAGGAAGUAUCUUGAAGUUCUCAUUUCUGAAUCAAAAUCACGAUACGACAAUGUGUUGUCUGACUAUGAAGAAGCUAGAUCUACAAUAGAGUCUUUGACAGCAAAACAAGACGAGGAGAUUACUUCCUUAAGGAUAUCUUUGACAAGUAAGACUGCGGUCAUUAAGGAGAUGGAAUUCAGGAGAACUCAACUAGAACAUGAAAAUCAGGAGCUGCAGGCAUCUUUGAGAGAAUACCAAGAUUCUCAAAUAAAUGAAAUUGAUACUACUGCACUGAAGGUUCUCAAAAAAAAAUUUAAAGCUUUGGAGCAUUCCCACAAGGGUUGCUCUGAGAAGCUGAAAGACAGGGAAACUGAAUGGAGAGCCCAGAUGGUGAAGCUAGAAAAAGAUUUGGAUGAUUGUUUUAAUCAGUUAAUUUUCAAAGAUAAGGAGCUGUUGAACCUGGUUUCUGAGCUAGAAGCAUGUCAGACUUCCUUAAUGCUACAGAAAUUAGAUAACGAGGAGAUGUCAACAGUGCUUAUGAUAGUUGAAUCAAAAUUUUUUGAGUCUUGCUCAGCUAUUGAACACCUGAAACUUGAGAUGGCACAGCAUAGUGUAAAUGCAAGAGAAACAAUUGAGGGCCUGACCUACCAAUUAGAGAGAAAGAAUGUUGAUCUUAUCCAGGCCCAGGCUGCAGUGCAGGUUGCAACUCUGGCAGAACAUGAUAGAAUCGAAUCAUUUCUUAUAAGGGACGAUCACCUAGAGAAUGUCAUGAAAAAAUAUAGUAUCCUGGAGAAAGAGCUUGCUACAUGCAAAGAGAUGCUUGAAGAGUCAUAUAAUAAUAUUGAUAGCAUAAAAGAAGAGGCUUCUAAGACAGAAUCUUCUAUCCGAGAUGACCUAAAAAGAGCCUUAGAUGACUUGGGCAGAGCAAAUUAUGCUGUUAAUGAAAAAACAACUGAGCUGAGUACGAUGAAGUUUGAACUGCAGCAAAAAAAUCUGGUUAUCAAUAGGAUGGAGGAAGCCAAGUUUGAUUAUGAAGCUGCACUGAAUACUUAUAGAGGUGACAUCAUGGUGAUUAGAAACAGAUUGGAUGUUGCAGUUGCUGACAAGAUGACAGCAGAAAAGGAACUCAAGCAAGUGAGGGAAGAUAUUCUCAAAUUGAAAAUAGAGAAAGACCAGAUGAUAGAAGAGCUUCAGCAAAAUGUAUGUUCAUUCAAAGAAGAUAAUCUGAGAAAAAAGUUUGAAAUGUUGAUUCUGUUUACACAACAAGUUGAGAAAUUAUCUGAAAAAGAGAAUCUUUUUGAACUUGCAAAGGGCAUGAACAUGAGACUUGGAGAAACUCAAAAGGCACUCAGUAUGAUAGAAGAGAAGUUCAUAUUGAAAAAGAUGACAGAUUUGAUAAAUCUUGAGCAAGAAAGAGUCAAGUUUCUCUGUAUUGUGAAAGAUUGUGAGAAGUUUAUUGAUAGUCUUCAGCGCCAUUUUCUUUUACUUGAGGAAGAUUUCUGCUGUUUUCUUGACGCUACCAGUUUCCAACUUGAUGAGAAGCAAGUUCAGAUCCAAAAGCUUUCAGAUGAUCUGGAGUUAAUCAUCAGAUCUCUUGUACUGAAAGAGCAAGAGUGUCACUUGAAGACCCUAUUGUUUGCUGAACAGGAAGAGGAAAUCACUACUCUGCAGUCGAACUUGAAUGCUGAAGAACUAGUGUCCUUGGAAUUAAGAAAUUACAUAAAACAACUUAGAGAUAAUCUAUCAAUGCAAGGUCUGGAAUAUGAGAAGCAGUGUGCGAAAUUACAGAACGAGCUGCAGCAGUCAGAGAUUGAGAAAGGAAACUUGGAGGAUCAAUUAGGAAAACUCAAGAACAAUAUAGAGAUCCUUCAUGAUGCAAAUGGAAAGCUCUCCUUAGAAAAGAAUGAGUUGGUCCAAGAAAUGUCAGAGGUCAGUGACAUGUUAGUCAUGAUCUCUCAUGCUGAUGAAAGAUUGACGAGGAACUGGGAGAGCAUCAUGCUGAAAGCUACAUACGAUAAUACUGUCAAAGAAUCUGAUAGGAAGCAUCUGCUCAACUCCGGCUUAAUGGAAGACAAUAUUCAUAUUGCUCUUGUAAAGAAAAAUGAGUCGCGAGAGCCAGGCAAACGAUCACCUCUAAAGGAGCAGAACCACUAGUUCUCCAAAGAAUCAAAAGGGGUAUUCACAAAAACAACAGGAAGGAGCAAAAACAAAGUGAGAACUACACUAGACAUGCUCCAUACCACGGGCAGUUUACUAAUCUCGAUCAAGUGUGUCAAAUUUCCUGCAUGUUCUUUUGCGUGAGCAUAUGAAAAUUAGUGAAUUAGAUUGAAAUUCCUUUCGAGCAUGUAUAUCAGUGGCCUAAUGGAUGAAGCCUCCACUCUUUUGGUGCAGCUGGAUGCUCACUAUGACUCUGUUUGUUAUUACUUUUGUCUUUCUUUGGCUAAUUAGAGAAACCAUCUUUCAGUAUAAGAUUAUGUAUAAGUACAAUAGAUACUUCAUUAUGCUGCAUGGCCCCCUUCCGUGCCUCUGCUGUACGAUUGAGAGGGCCGAUGUGGCAGUAGGUGUGGGCCCCCAUUAUUGUGUCCCUCCCUCAGAGCAUCUACAACGUUAUUAACGCGUGAUGCGUUAAUAGCAAUAUAAUAUCAUAUAUGUAUAAUUUUUUCAA